GUCACACUACUGCGUAAUGGCAGCGUAAACGCCUCUGAAUCUCUGGGAUUAUGAAGCAGAACUGAGGGAAACAAAAGGAAGAUAUAGUGGCUUCGGUUUGUCAUGACCUUGUUUCAUUUCCUGCCACUUCGGCAUGGAGACAGCGCCGUCGGUAUUCGCCAAAACCUCCUCGCAACGUCUGGUCUGAACCGGUUCGGGGAUGUGCGCAGUCUCGUGUGCACUGCAGACUCCACGCACUGAUUUCACGCAGCACUCCGCGCCCUCCUCGGGCCCCGCCCUCAUUGGUUAGGACGCUCGCGUCCCGCCCACAUCUCUCCGCGUGCUGUGUGGACAAUGGGGAAGUUUCCGAUUUGCGAUUGGUUCACGCCACUCCAAAACUUUUAUUUUGGGGCAGGCCCCGUAUGUUGUUGUGCACGGGCACGCACAGAAGUGGAGUUGUAAACGAAGCUCGUGCACGUUUCAGCACCAAAACUCGUGGACAGCAGAAGGAGAGAGGGUGGUCGUUGUGGGCUAGCUUAUUGUACUAAACCGACGAGUCUGCGGUUUGCAUUACCAUACCGCUGCGAUCGCGGGAAAACUUCAUUGGUAGUUUUGAGUCGUAAAGUGGACACUAUACAGCGGCACGGCUUUGGCUUUGUUCGCCCCGGCGGGCAAGUUGCGCCGAGAGCCGGAUAACGGUGGAAAAGGGACACGUUUCUGCCGGUAAACAUACCGUUAUCUUCGGCUCACUCGUGUCGAAUUUUGCACGGUCUGGGGGUUCAACUAGCUGCACCACGGGGAGACUAAAUGGCUGCAAAUAAAGGCAAUCGAAGGUGAUACAGAAGACUGUUGGUCCUAGCCGGUUGGGUCCAGACAACGAGCCGUGGUCCUGUUUUUAGCCACAUCACAACCUGCUCGUGCUGCUAGCCGCCGAGCUCUCCAUUGUGUGAGCCCCCGGAUCACCACACACACACACCUGCCGCCUCGCACAGCUACAACUGUGUGUGUGUGUCUUUUUUUGUGCCGGAUAUAUAUAUAUAUUUUUUACUUUAAUCCACGCAUCCAGAAUGUGCUCUCGGGUUUGGUUCGUGACCGACCGCCGUAUCAGCCAGGAAUACCCUCAGGUUCAGAUCCUCCGGGCGCUGAAGGAGCGCUGCGCCGACGAGGACGUUGAGUUCCGCUCGCUUCUCAUGGACCAGAUCGUGCUAACGAUCAGCGAGGGACAAUUAGGUCUGCGAGUGGAGCAAGAACUGGUGACAUCUUAUCCACAGGUGGUGGUGGUACGGGUGCCCACGCCCUGGGUGCAGUCAGAUAGCGACAUCACCGUGCUGCGCCACCUGGAGAAGAUGGGCUGCCGGCUGAUCAACCGUCCCCAGGCCAUACUCAACUGUGUCAACAAGUUCUGGACCUUUCAGGAGCUGGCGGGCCACGGCGUGCCUCUGCCUGACACCUUCUCAUACGGAGGGCAUGACAACUUCCGUAAGAUGAUUGACGAGGCAGAGCCGCUGGGCUACCCUGUGGUGGUGAAGAAUGCACGUGGCCACAGAGGCAAGGCUGUUUUCCUGGCACGGGACAAACACCACCUGACAGACCUGUGCCACUUGAUCCGGCACGACACCCCCUACUUGUUUCAAGAGUACAUCAAGGAGUCGCACGGCCGCGAUGUCCGGGUGGUCCUGGUGGGCGGCCGUGUCAUCGGCUCGAUGCUACGCUGCUCCACCGAUGGUCGCAUGCAGAGCAACUGCUCCCUGGGCGGCGUGGGUAUGAUGUGCCCGCUGAGCGAGCAGGGAAAGCAGCUGGCCAUCGAGGUGUCUAACAUCCUCGGCAUGGAUGUGUGCGGCAUCGACCUGCUGCAGCUCAACGACGGCUCCUUUGUGGUCUGCGAGGCCAACGCCAACGUGGGCUUCAUCGCCUUCGACCAGGCCUGCGGCAUGGACGUGGCGGGCAUUGUCGCCGACUACGCCCUGUCGAUGCUCCCCAGCCGCCUCACCCGUAAGAUGUCCCUGCUGUCCGUCGUGUCGAGCACCAGCGAGACCAGCAGCGAGCCGGAGGUGUGCCCCGUGCCCACCGGCGGCGGCUCGCUGCCCGAGGCCGUCUGCAACAUGAGCGUGGGUUCUACUUCCAGCGAAAGUGACCCAGAGCUGGCUGAGCCCUCCCAGUCCUCGCCCCGCCAGUCCACAGCCCCCGCCCUCCCCGAUCUCCCCGAUCCAGCCUACAACUUCAACACUCUUCUCGCCAAUGAAAUGAAAUUAUUGACUGAGUAAGAUUCAAGCAGCUUCAUGCACACACACACACAAACACCACAAAUACAUAUUAACAACACGCAGACACACACCUGUACGCAUGCC